GUCUAGAUGGAAGCUAGUGAAAUAACUGAAGAGAAAUUAAAUGUGAAGAGGAAGAAGAUAUUUGUGGCCGGAGCAACGGGAAGUACUGGCAAAAGAAUUGUUGAACAACUUCUAGCAAAAGGUUUUGAUGUCAAGGCUGGUGUUCGUGACUUAGACAAGGCUAAAACUACUCUUUCCAAGGACAACCCAGUUCUUCAAAUUGUGAAAGCAGAUGUGACCGAGGGGUCUGCCAAACUUGCAAAAGCAAUAGGUGAUGAUUCUGAAGCUGUUAUUUGUGCUACAGGGUUUCAGCCUGGUUGGGAUUUGUUUGCUCCUUGGAAGGUUGAUAAUUUUGGCACAGUAAACCUUGUUGAAGCAUGCCGAAAAGUUGGAGUAAACAGGUUCAUACUUAUUAGCUCCAUUUUAGUCAAUGGAGCUGCAAUGGGGCAAAUACUGAAUCCAGCUUAUAUCUUUCUGAAUGUCUUCGGUCUCACCUUAAUAGCAAAGCUCCAGGCUGAGCAAUAUAUAAGGAAAUCUGGUAUUAACUACACAAUUAUAAGGCCUGGUGGAUUGAGAAAUGAACCACCAACAGGAAAUCUUGUUAUGGAGCCAGAGGAUACUCUUUCUGAAGGCACCAUUUCAAGAGAUAAGGUUGCAGAAGUUGCUGUUGAGGCAUUAAUCCAUCCAGAAUCACAUUACAAAGUCGUGGAGAUAGUCUCUCGUGCUGAUGCUCCUAAUCGUUCUUAUGAAGAUCUUUUUGGUUCUAUAAAGUAACAAUGACUUCAUUUUCAGAAUAUAGUUGUGCAGGGUAUUGCGAAAGUAACAUUUCAGGCUUCCGUUUUUGAUACAGAGCUUUGUGUUUGAUAUCAUACAUGGUUAUGUUUCUGGCA